AUGGCCAAGAAACAAUGCCCAUUGCAAUGUCACCUCGAACCCAUCGACUUGAAUGAGGAGACUCAGUUCAGCGAGCUCCAAAGACAACGAACCAUCUGUGGCUGGAAUUACGAGCAGCAAACCCUACAAUCAUGGAAAGGAAACACGAACUUCAAAAAGCUCUUUUGGAUCACCACGCCAGAUCCCGACAAUGAGACCAAGUCUAUUCGUGCAGGUCAUAUAUCGCUCGAUCUGUCGUCUGGCAUUCUUGAACCCGGUUUACUACAGGGAGACGAGAUCGACCUUUCUCUAAGCACAUUCUUCAUAUUGCCCGAACAUCGUGCUCUCAAGCUUGGAAAGAAGGCCGUACAGCUCCUUGAAAAUCUCGCAGUUACAGAGCCGUACGGUGAUCCGCGCUGUCGUUAUCUCACCCUGUGUGCUUUGAGCAAGAGGUACAUAUACGAUGAGAGAUGGCGAGGGUUGUGGUCGAAAGUUGGGAUGGCACAGCCACCGUUCAGUAUUCAGGAGUGGUAUGAGAACCUCGGCUAUACCACAUGGAAGGAGGUGCCACUGACCGAGGCAACUUCUUUGGAUGGUGAAACCUUUCAGGUGUGGGAGGCGUUGAUGAGAAAGGAUCUACGGGGGAUUUCAUAG